UUCAGGGAACAAACAUACAGUGAUACGGUCGUAUGUUUGGCUAGUAAAAUGUGUCGGUGUAUUUGUGUUUUUAUUGCUGUUUUGGUCGGGUGUGCACAGGCAAGACCGAAAGUUAGUCCUGCAUUCAAUCCCGCGUUCGAACCGGGAUACGAAUAUUACGAUGAUCGUCCUCGGUACGCAUUCAACUAUGGUGUCGCCGAUCAUUCGACUGGUGACAUCAAAUCACAACACGAAACAAGAGACGGCGAAGUUGUCAAAGGUCAAUACUCUUUAGUCGAGCCUGACGGUUCUAUACGUACUGUAGACUACACAGCUGACCCUGUUCACGGCUUCAACGCGGUUGUAUCUAAAGUGGGCCCUAGCGUACACCCACAACCAAAAGUACAUCAGCCAAUUCAGCCAGCUACUGUACAGUACGUGGUGAAACCUGUGCCAGUACCUGUGCAAAUACCAAGCCAUUAUGUACCGCAACAAAUUUAUGCAUCGCCAGCACCGUUUUUGUAUCCCAAGGUUGGCGGCCAAUUUCCAGAGUACGACGGCUUCGAGUUUGAUGGACCAUCAAACCAAUUCUAUAGACGUUGAAAAUUAUAGUUAUAAUAAUGUUUA